AUGGCUCUUAAUUUUUUCGAUCCUAAAACCGAAUUCGCCAAAGACAAAAAUUUAAAAGAGGAAGAUGUUAAAGCACUAAUGGAAUGGGUGAACAAACAACCCCAUUUACCCCAAAUCAAUGAAAUACAAUCAAUUUUAUUCCUUCAAAGUUGCUAUUUCCGUAACGAAGUCGCCAAAACUGCCAUUGAUACAUAUUUUACAGUAAAAACUUUCUGUUUUGAUUUAUUUGGAGGCAGAUAUCCGCUACAAUCGCCACUUAAAGAAAGUCUAAAUGUUGCACUUUUUGCUUUUCUCCCUAAAAAAACUCCAGAAGGAAACACUAUUAUUUUUAUGAAAUUAAUGGACCUGAAUCCGGAAAAUUACAAUUUUUCGGUUCAAGUGAAAUAUUUCGAUAUGGUGUGUAUGUUAAGUUUGCACCAGGAGGGGACUUCUAAUGGUCAUAUAAUUGUCAUAGAUAUGAAAGAAUUGGUUUUUGGGCAUAUAACCAAACUUGGGCCUCUUGAAAUAAAGAAAUUUCUGUAUUAUUUGCAGGAAGCAAUGCCUUUGAGGCUCAAAGGGUUACAUUAUUUUAAUACUGUGCCAUUUAUGGAUAAAAUUUUGGCUUUGAUGAAGCCAUUCAUGAAGAAAGAGCUUUUAAAUAUGUUAUAUUUACACAAUACUGUGGACGAUUUAGCCAAAUUUGUACCCAAAGAAUGUCUACCUCAGGAAUAUGGUGGUUCAGUUGAACCAACGCAUGUCAUUCACGAAAAAAUAAAAAACAAAUUACGUGAAAAUUGUGCAUUUUUUGACUGGGAAGAUAAACAAACAGUGGAUGAGAGUAAAAGACCUGGAAAGCCAAAACGUGUUAGUGAUAUUUUUGGAGUUGAAGGCACUUUUAAAAAAUUGGAAUUGGAUUAA